AUGCCUCCUUCAACUCUACGGCCAUCAUCGUUAUUGGCGAGUAGUCACAGUUGUACAUUCUCUCGGCCGGGCGUGCUCGAUCUAUCCAAACAGCCUGGACUGCGCCCACUACAUGCGUCCCCCAUCUUCCAGCGGCCCAGGCGACGGGACUUUUUCUCUUCUAAUGCUACCUUGGCCAGUCAUAGGGACGAGAAACCAGCAAUCAGAGCAGACGAAACUGCCGAUGCCCUACAAAGUCGCAAGCGCAAACUAGGGGGUGCUGCUGCCGCUAAGACCUCGCUACGAAGAGUCGCAGUUGAGGCACAGAGAUCAAAGGAUGCCAAUCUUGGACUGGCAAGGUCGCACCGAACCUCUGAUGCACAAACCAGUCCCCGCUUGGUUACAGCUUAUGCCGUCGCUGAAAGAUUCGAUCUCGCGAAGGUAGUCGAUAUCCUACGCUCGAAAGGCUACGAGCCUGACCCCCUUAGUACUGGCCUCUACCCUCAGGUGGUCCAUGUGCAAAUACCUAUAUCGUCUAUAUAUCGAUCCACGAAUCCAUCCGCACAAGAUCUAUCUGCUUCCGAGGUCGGUGAUGUCUUUGUCUUUCCUUCAGGGACGAUCGUCACCUGGGCUCUGCCCGAAGGUUUCACUUCCUACUUUGCAACACGGACUCUGCUGCCAGCCACCGACCAGCCGCACAAAGAACCGAUAGAGACUGAGGACCUGGACUACCUAGAAGAUGCGAGUAGGGAGCACAGUACCAUCAAAGGGGAGACUAUCAUACUAGGGACCAAAGUAGUACCACCCUCACGGUUAUUGACUGAAUCGUCAGGAGAGCAAGGAGACAACUCCAUCUAUCAGCUUCAGACCGUGGACACUGUGUUGACCAAGGUCGCUUUCAGUUCGGGCUUUGCCAGGUCUACAAAACUUGCUGUCCUUGAAACCAAUCUCUCGACCUACCUUGCCUCAACUUCGCAGAUACCCCAGCUGUUGUCGUCUGGCCGUCGCUUACCCUUCGCCAUUAGCCGUCGUUUCAUCUUGCGUAAGACUGGCGAGCUUUUGUUGCUACGUGCACAGCUGAACUUGUAUUCUGAAUUGACUGAUUCUUUGCCUGAUCUGUUCUGGGAUAGCAGGCAUGAACUGAACCUAGAAAAUUACUACGACCAAGUCGGCAAAGCUCUCGACGUCGGAAUCAGAAUCAAAAUUCUCAACGAGAAGAUGGAUUAUGCUGGAGAAAUCGCUACCGUUCUCAGAGAGCGCCUCUCCGAAAAGCACGGCCUUUUCCUGGAAUGGACAAUCAUCGUCCUCAUCGCGAUAGAGGUUGGAUUCGAGGUAUUGCGAUUGUGGAAGGAAGGCUUUUGGUCUGAAGUGUUUAUUAAGCAAUGA